CAUCCCCCUCUUUUCAUUUCUCUCUGCUUUUUUUUUCCUUCCGUCUCGCUCUGAAGCGUUUUCUAGGGUUCGAACGAUUUCGCCAAUGUCGACGGAGAAGGAGAGGGAGAGCCAUGUCUACAUGGCGAAGCUCGCGGAGCAAGCCGAGCGCUACGAUGAAAUGGUCGAAAUUAUGAAGAAUGUUGCCAAGCUUGAUGUGGAGCUGACAGUUGAGGAGAGAAACCUUCUCUCAGUGGGUUAUAAAAAUGUUAUUGGGGCUCGCCGAGCAUCAUGGCGCAUCAUGUCAUCAAUUGAGCAGAAAGAGGAGUCAAAAGGGAAUGAGCAAAAUGCUAAGUUAAUUAAAGGUUAUUGUCAAAAGGUGGAAGAAGAACUCACUAGGAUAUGCAAUGAUAUAUUGACUAUCAUAGACCAGCACCUGAUUCCAUCGUCCAGCUCCGUGGAGGCGACUGUUUUCUACUACAAGAUGAAGGGUGAUUAUUACCGCUAUCUUGCAGAGUUUAAGACUGACCAAGAAAGGAAAGAAGCAGCUGAUCAGUCUCUGAAGGGCUAUCAGGCUGCCUCUAACACAGCCAACUCAGAUCUGCCCCCGACCCAUCCAAUUCGUCUUGGUCUUGCACUGAACUUCUCAGUUUUCUAUUAUGAAAUUAUGAAUUCCCCUGAAAGGGCAUGUCAUUUGGCAAAACAAGCCUUUGAUGAGGCAAUCGCAGAACUGGAUAGUUUAAGCGAAGAGUCAUACAAGGAUAGCACAUUAAUUAUGCAGUUGUUGAGGGACAAUCUUACCCUUUGGACUUCUGAUUUACCUGAGGAUGGAGGUGAUGAUGGUUUCAAGGGUGAUGAGGCUAAAUCGGCUGCUGAGCCUGAGAACUAAUGGUGAUGCUCAUGUUCUGCAAUAUUGUGUCUUAUACUUGGCAGCCAUAAGGAGAAGGCUUGGCCAAUCUGCUGUCUUCCUGAUCUUUCUUCUUCCCUUUUUGCCCCCCCUGUUUUUAUGAUGAUGAAGCAUCGUGUGGUGGUCUGUAUUAGGUUUGAACUGAUGCAGUUGGUGGUGGACCAGCAGUGGUGGUGUUGCUUUGUGUUCUUUCCUUCUUUUUUUUAAAUUUAUUUUCGUAAAUGUUUCCGAACUGUACGCUGAAUCAUCCUGUGUUUUUUUCUACAGAACUGUAUAAUUUUCUAAAUUGUCGUUUUACGGCAUGGUUAAUCCAAAUUUUACAUUGCAAGGUUUGUAAGCUUAUGUUAUUUGCUAUGUUAAAAAUUGAAAUGUGGCAACCCCUCUC